AUGAAAGGUAGUGAAUACUGUCAUUUGAAAUAUAGCAGACACAGAGGCUAGACACUGAGUUACUUGACCACAUUUGAAAGUAAAAAACUGGACCGAGACCACCAACCUGUAAGACGAGCACAAUUUCUCAGAAUGGCGUCUGCUUUGGGGAAAAUUGUCGUUGGUACUUAUGUUGAGAUAAAGCACGGUGAUGGACGUAUACACCAGGCAAUGGUUACGGUGCUGAAUGGGGAUGAGAGCAUCACAGUGGAGUUGAUAGAAAAUGAAGACACAAAAGGGAAAGAGAUUGACUUGGGGAGUAUAUUUUCACUAAACCCAUAUGUGGCUCCAGAUGAGGAGAAUGCCCCUUGUCCAGAAACUCCACCCUCCCCUACACACACAUGUGUGAAGGUCAUAAAAACCACAAAGAACCGAGUUAUGAAAGCACCUAAUAAGAAUGACAGUCCGUCCGGGAAUAAUAAAGUGAUUCCGACCCAGGCCAGAUCCCAGCAUCCUGCACAGCCAUAUCAAGCUCAGACACAACAGCCGCUGCAGAUUGUACGGAGGAAGUCAAACUGUCUGAAGGAGAUGGAGAAACUGCAGGAGAAGAGAGAGAGGCAUCGGCUCCAGCAAAAGGAUCUCAGGGAGAAGAGAGCUCAGGAGGGGGACACAACUAUUCCUAACUAUGAGAUCAAGUACAUGAUCCGAGAUUUCCAAGCCAAUCUAGACAACCGGCCCCUGACCACAGCAGAUUUGAUUGACGAGCACAGAAUAUGUGUUUGUGUGAGGAGACGUCCACUCAACAAAAAAGAGUUGGCUAUGAAGGAUGUGGAUGUGAUCACCAUCCCCAGUAAGGAUGUGGUGAUAGUCCAUGAACCUAAACAAAAAGUGGACCUGACCCGCUACCUGGAGAACCAGACCUUUCGCUUCGACUAUGCUUUUGAUGACAGCACCACCAAUGAGAUGGUUUACACGUUCACUGCCAGACCUCUCGUGGAGACCAUUUUUGAGAGAGGCAUGGCCACCUGCUUUGCUUAUGGACAGACGGGCAGUGGAAAAACACAUACUAUGGGUGGAGAUUUCUCUGGGAAGAACCAAGACUGCUCUAAAGGAAUUUAUGCAUUAGCUGCACAGGAUGUAUUUCUCAUGUUGAAGAAACCCAACUACAAAAAAUUAGAUCUCCAAGUGUGUGCAACUUUCUUUGAAAUAUACUGUGAAAAGGUGUUUGACCUGCUGAAUUGUAAAGCUAAGCUGAGGGUUCUGGAGGACAGGAAACAGCAAGUUCAUGUUGUGGGGCUUCAGGAGAAGGAGGUUAAGUGCACAGACGAUGUCCUGAAACUCAUAGAAGUGGGCAACAGCUGCAGAACAUCAGGGCAGACGUCAGCCAAUGCGCAUUCAUCCCGCAGCCACGCUGUAUUCCAGAUCAUUCUUCGGAGGAAAGGGAAGAUGCACGGCAAGUUCUCCCUAAUCGACCUUGCGGGAAACGAGAGGGGGGCAGAUACAUCGAGUGCCGACCGCCAAACUAGCCUGGAGGGAGCUGAGAUCAACAAAAGCCUGCUGGCGCUGAAGGAGUGCAUCAGGGCUCUUGGCCGUAACAAGCCUCACACUCCAUUCAGAGGCAGUAAGCUGACCCAGGUCCUGAGAGAUUCCUUCAUUGGGGAAAAUUCACGCACAUGCAUGAUUGCAACUAUCUCUCCUGGCAUGACGUCCUGUGAGAAUACACUCAACACACUACGCUAUGCCAACAGGGUCAAGGAGCUGAGGGUGGACCCCAACCAAGAGAUGGAGGGGGGUCGACCCAACAUCCCCGCUGUCAAUAACCUGGAUCUUUUGGACGAGGAGUGGCUAAAUAUCCCGCUGCAGAGAGACGACCUUAAACUACUCUGUGAGCAGGAGGUGUCUCCCCAGCUGUUUACCUUCCAUGAGGCAGUUUCUCAGUUAGUGGAGAUGGAGGAGCAGGUCCUGGAGGACCACCGAGCUGUUUUCCAGGAAUCUAUCUGGUGGCAGGAGGAUGAAAAGGUGCUGCUGGGGAUGACAGAGGAGGUGGAUUAUGACGUGGAGUCAUACACCACUCAACUGGAGCAGAUCCUAGACCAGAAGAUAGAAAUCCUCACUGAGCUCCGAGAUGGAGUGAAGUCAUUCCGCUCUGCACUCCAGGAGGAGGAGCAAGCCAGUAAGCAGAUCACUUCCAAGAGACCACGUGCUCUUUAGUGACUGGAGGCUAAAGAGAUGUAAGUGGCACAUACGGAAACAUGUCCACUAAAUGUUUUGGCACAACUUGGGCUGUUGAGGUCAGCUGUUAAACCACAAAUAAAUUGACUGAUGUAUCAACAGGCUUAAGGAGUUGCAUUUGUUGUGCGAGACCUGGAGCAAAUCAUUGUAACCUUAUUACAUAAUUCAUCCCUCCUUUUCCCACGUGUCGGUUGUUGUGUUGGUGUCAUGGGCCAAAACAUGAAGGAUGGAAAAAGGAUAAACUGGUCGAUCUUCACUGACCAACUGACCGAAAUAAUGAGCGACCUCUUAUGCACAUCUUCAAUCAGUGUAGACGGUUGUAAGGUGGCAAAAUGGCCCCCUAGCGCCCCCUGUAUCAUUUUAAAGUCAAGACCUCAACCUUCAAAUUUAAUGUAGAUGAACAAAAUUUGGUAUGCAUAUGUGUCAUGUGACAACCUACAAAAAAGCCUCUGGGAGCCAUUAGCCCCGUCCAACCGGAAGUCAGCCAUUUUUGCAUCGAACCUCACACGUCAUAACGUAACCAUAUGUGGUCAUAUCUUCACCAACUUUCUCAGGAAUGAUAACAGUCCCGCCAGAAAAAACAUCUGCAUGUCAAUACUGAGCCAUGGUCAUAGCGCCACCUACUGACAACAGAAAGUAUGACUUAUGUGCCAAACAUCAUCUGAUCUACAAGCACUCAACCCAUCAUGUAUGGGGACGCGCAACAUGCCAUAACUUGCGACACGUGAGUGAGGGCCCGCUUGACACUGCAGAAAAACUGCAUGGGACGACUUACUCUAGUUCACUGUUCCUAUGGGUAACAGACUGUUGCUACUGACAUUGUUUUGAUCAAUCACUUCCUGUCAUAUCAAUCCGCUGAUAUAGAUGUCUACAACUCUACAAACAGUUACAUACUACUCUUUGGAAUACUUUUUCAACAAUCCUUAGAAUGUAUGUGGAGAGCAGGGAACUUUGGAGUAAUGGUUAAUGUCCGGAAAGAUUCCAGUCAAGACGAGAAGAAGUUUGGCCACAGAGCUACAUAAUUACCGUUGCCAUGGAGGAAGUUAUUCUGACCAUAGUGGACUAUUUUCUGUAGUGUAAGCAAUAAAAGGAUUUUCUAAAUCAAUAAAACCAAUUGUUUCAAUUAA